AUGGUAAAGAUCGAGUCUGUUGUUGAACAAGGAAUGACAACUAGAAGAAGUCACAGACUUGCUGAACGAAGACGAAUAACAAAUCUUGAGCAACAAGAAGAAAGAAUGGAAGAACACCAAAGAACAGAAAUUCCAAUUGGAUCUCAGUUAGAACAAGGAAUGAAUAAUGAUAUAAAUUAUGAUAGAGUGAGUGUCCACACUGCGAUGACGAAUUCUACAGACGAAGGACAAAGAAUUGGGAACGAAGAACCAAUUACAGCGAGUGAAGGGAUGAUGAUUACAGAGCUUAGACAAAAAUUAAUAAUUGAAAGGAAGAGAAAAGAAGAGGAGUGUGCGAAUUUAAUCCGUCAAAAUGAUAAUUUACGAGAAGAGAAUCUUAGAUUACAAGAACAUAUGUCAAGGAGUGCUACACGCUCAAGAUCAAGAUCCUGUAGGAGUUCUUCCCGACAGAGCCAAUCUAAUCGAAGAAAUGAUAGGCGAAGGCAACAUAUGGAAGUCGUUGAAGAAAACUCGCAAGAAGAUGAAAAUUUGGAAGAUCAAAGGGAAAGGAGACGUGUAAUUGACUUAGCAACUAAUCGAUAUGAACACCCACGCGAACUUCUUCGUCGUGAAAAUACUAAUUGUGAAAGGGAAGAAGAGGAUCCAAAGCAAGGACAAAUGCUAUUACAUGGUAGAGAAAUGUUGAGAGACGAAUAUGAGCGCGAACGAGAGAUUGCCCAUGCGAGAGGUAGACAGUGA